AUCACCCAACGUCCAGUCGCCAUCACCGAGUCGCCAAUCCGUCAAAAUGGCCCCCCAGAAGAAGAGCAAGAAGGAUGCCAACAGCAUCAACUCCAAGUUGGCGCUUGUUAUGAAGUCCGGAAAGGUCACUCUUGGAUACAAGUCUACCCUCAAGAGCCUCCGAUCCGGCAAGGCCAAGCUCAUCAUCAUUGCUGGCAACACUCCUCCUCUCCGCAAGAGUGAGCUCGAGUACUACAGCAUGCUGUCCAAGGCCCCCAUCCACCACUUCUCCGGCAACAACAUUGAGCUCGGUACCGCUUGCGGUAAGCUCUUCCGUUGCUCCACCAUGGCCAUCCUCGACGCUGGUGACUCCGAUAUCCUCAGCGACCAGCAGGCUUAAACAGCCAGCUAAAGGAGAAUGCAUUUCAUGGCGUUUCGGGUAAAAAGGGUCCAGGGCAUUUGAGGAUAUACCAAUCAAUGUGAUGAAAAAGCGACGACUUUCAGCGAGAGCAUGCCCGCCGCGAAGGCGUGGAGGUUCUCCCCUCGACCUAUGUGUCUUGGGCUUCAGCUGGGCUUGGCAUCGAUUGCCAGUCCAAGUCAAAUGAAAAAAUAAAGCUCAUGACCGUUGUUCCCCGCC